AUGACCUCGGAAACCUUCACACUCUCUUUCGAGGACCAGUCUCAGCGUCAAAGUCAUGCCUUACCACGGGUUGAUGGUGGUAGGGCAGCUAUCAUGAAUUUAGUGGGGUGUUCGAUCCUUCAACUGUCAAGUUGGGGGUUUGUCAUGUCUUACGGCGUCCUCCAAGAGCAAUACACAACCCAUUUCAAUAUGCAGGGCAGCAGCAAGCUUACCGGAGCGAUUGGGACGACCUUAAAUGGCGUUCUUUACAUGUCACUUCCUAUCAUAUCAACACUGCUUGCAGGCCGCUUGUAUCAAUGGAGACGCAUGGCAGCUAUUCUCGGGUUGUUGAUUUCCAGCGCAAGCCUGGUCAUAUCGGCGUCUAGUACUGCUGCCUGGCAUCUACUAGUCACACAGGGCAUACUGUGCGGUUUGGGAAGCGCGCUACUGUACAGUCCAUCGACAUUGCAACUCAAUGAAUGGUGGGUUCGACGCAAGAGCUUCGCAUACGGUGUGACUCUGGCCGCCAAGAACAUCGUGGGCACUGGUACUCCAUACCUCAAUCUGGCUCUGCUUGGUAGACUGGGACUGCAGAACACACUCCGAGUGUGGGGAGUGAUCACCUUUGUCAGUGGUAUCCUGGCAUUGCCGCUAAUGCACCAGCGGGGAGAAUGGCCGACGAACCAACAAUAUCAUCACUAUAGGAGACGGACGCCGUGGAAGUUCUUGACUCAUCCAACGUUUUAUGUUUUUCAUAUCGGAAAUAUUAUUUUCAGUAGUGGGUAUGGGCUACCUCAAACGUAUUUGCCGAGUUACGCCAGCCAGAUAUUGCAUCGGUCACAGAUGGAAGGCUCUCUCAUGUUAGCCCUUUUCAACCUUCCGGGCAUCUUUUCCUGUGUCGCGUUCGGGAUACUUGGUGAUGGUACUCCGUUGAUUGGCGCUUAUAAACCAACACCUUUCACAACUACAUUCUUAUCGGCCAUUGGAGCAGCGCUUCCUGUAUUCUUUAUAUGGGGUCUCGCCGCACAGUCUGGAUUGGUUGGGCUUGCUCUGUUCUCUGUUACCUACGGCUUUUUCGCCAGCGCAUAUUCAGCAACAUGGGGCGGGGCACUUAGAGAAAUCGAGAGGGAAGCGGUCUCUCACAAUGAGCCCAUUGACACUGGAGUUGUGUACGGUUUGUUGAACGGCGGCCGCGGACUUGGGUACGUACUUGGUGGAGUUGCUGGGAUAGAGCUGCUUAAGACUGGGGCAGUACGUAAGAGCAGCCUGGCUUAUGGAACUGAAUACGGCUCUGUGAUUCUUUACACAGGGAUCAGCUCUGCCAUUGGCGGGCUGUCGGUUUUCUGGAAUCUUGCCGGGCGUCGUUAUUGCAUAUCAGAACGGACAAGGCCAGCCUAG